GUUUGACCGUUGAGGUGUGCGCCCGUGAGCGAUCGGUAUGUAUUCGUUGUUCUGUUUGUUUAGGCCUCGGUUUUUUUUUUAAAGUUUGUUUUGAUGUUUUAUCAGCGGUUAAUAAUCUUUGGCCAGGUGGCGGGCGGUGUUGUUUUUACCCGUCGGUAACCCGCCAUUUCCGGUGUGUUCGGUAACGGUCUCCGUUACCGUUUUUUUUUUUUAACUUAGGACACCGGAAGCUGUGAGUUAGUUGUUGAGGCGUUUGGAGGAGCUGAGUGAGCGGCGGGUUUUUAUCUUUGGGUUGUUUGGGGGGUCUGAUUGGUGUUUCCGCUCUCGCUCGCCGCCAUGUUCUCGCUCCACUCGGGAAUGGAAGAGAGAGGACGUGUUGCAGCAGUGUCGUGUAAUGGAGGAUGCGACUCUGCUGCUGCUGUUACUCAUAGGAAUUAGGGAAUAAGCCCCAUGUGCGAAUAACAAGAAGCAAUGGCUCGUACAAAGCAGACUGCCCGUAAAUCCACUGGUGGAAAGGCUCCAAGGAAGCAGUUGGCUACAAAGGCUGCCAGGAAAAGUGCCCCUUCCACAGGUGGUGUGAAGAAGCCACACAGAUACAGGCCUGGCACUGUUGCUUUGAGAGAAAUCCGAAGAUAUCAGAAGUCUACUGAGCUGUUGAUCCGAAAACUGCCAUUCCAGCGGCUUGUAAGGGAGAUUGCCCAAGACUUCAAGACUGACCUGAGGUUCCAGAGUGCAGCUAUUGGUGCUCUUCAGGAAGCAAGUGAGGCUUACCUGGUUGGCCUCUUUGAAGAUACCAACCUGUGUGCUAUUCAUGCCAAGAGAGUAACCAUUAUGCCCAAGGACAUCCAGUUAGCAAGAAGAAUUCGUGGGGAACGUGCUUAAGUUUUUGCUAGAACAUAUUUUUUGGAUUUUGUUUUUUUACAACUGUACAUAAAGUGUGGUGUCUUUUAUUUUAUAAAGGGUUUGUUAACUGUAGAGUAGACAGUAAGAUGGUAGUAAAACAUUUUAUAUGACAUUCCCUUAAUCCUCAGGUUUUUUCAGAAAUUUGUAUCUGCAGCUGUCUACUUUUGUGGCCCUCUCAAUUAAAACCUGGUGCAUGCCCAAACUUCAUUCUUUACACAAUUUAGUAUCUUUCUGUGUUACUCCAUUGUAAAUAAACUUUCCACUACCUCGA